GAAACAACUAUGCAAUUCAUAGCGGCCUUAGGUUACUGAAUGGCAAAAUGUGCAAUAAUGAGUAUGUUGGGGUUUGAACUCCAUACCGCUCGACGACAAGCCGAGCACUUUACCCCUGCCCUUCUACAACUUUGAAGCGCCAAGUAACAGUAUAAUGUAACUGUAACUAAAAGUUAUGUCGGAAAAAUUUAGUCUAGCAAUUUGGGAUUUGAACUCUGAAGUUUGCUUACUGGUAGAAAAAAUUGUUAAAGAAUCUAUAAUUAAAUGCAACGAUGACAAGAAUUUUACUGACUAUCUCACAUAUGGCGAAAGUCUUGGUACUUUGCAUUAUCGCGAAUUCACAGCUAAGUUUUUAACUGGUUUAUACAACGAUGAUGUUUGUAGUUCAAACAUUGUUGCAACGUUUGGUGCAUCCUUUGGUUUUACAUUAAUUAUGUCUCAAUUUUUUGAAGCUGGUGACUAUCUUUUCGUUGAAGAUUUAACAUUUGCUUUUAUUACAAAAACUGCAAGUAAUUAUGGAAUGAAUGUAAUACCAGUUGUAAGUGAUAAUGAUGGAAUUAGCAUAGAGAAAUUAGAAGCAUCUUUAUUAAUGUAUCAAAGUACCAGGCGAAAAAUUUCAGAAAAAAAACCAUUUUCAGCUAUGAUUUAUUUACUCAGUGUUUGCCAUAAUCCAAAAGGAACAUCUUAUUCUGAUGCUAGUUGCAUGAAAAUUGUUGAAUUAGCAAGAAAAUAUAAUGUUCUGGUAGUUACAGAUGAUGUAUAUAAUUUUUUUCAAUAUGGAGAUAGUAUUGCUAAUAGGUUGAUCAAGUUUGACAAAAUAAAUGGUUCACCUUAUAACCAUGGAAACGUAGUUUCAAAUGGUAGUUUUAGCAAAGUUUUGUUUCCAUCGUUGCGUUUAGGAUGGUUAGAAUGUUCCCAUUGGAUCGCAAACGAAUUAGAGCAAAGGGGAGACUUUAUAAGUGGAGGAGGUUGUCAAACAUUUAAUCAACAGUUGUGUGUUCAUAUUCUCAGCCAUCCUUCUUUAAAUCAAUUACUUAAUGAUGUAAAACUGUGUUAUAAGAAUUUUCUUGAAACAGCUAUUUCUUUCAUGGAUGAUAAUUGUCCAAAACAAAUAAAAUUUACUAGACCUGAGUGCUCAUUUUUUCUAUGGAUUGAGCUUCCUAAAAACAUCAACUCAAAAGAUUUACGUAAAGCCUGUAAUGCUAAAGGUGUUGACUUUGUAGAGGGCAACAAGUUCACUUCUCAUUGUGAUGGUUGUUAUGAUAACUACCUUCGUUUAUGUGUGACCAAUUUAAAUAUAGAAGAAUUAAAAAGACAGCUUGGAAUAUUUUGUCAAGAAGCUAAACAAAUUAUUUAUUCUCAAUAAUUUCAUGAUUCAUGAUUUUGUAAUAUUGUAGUUCAUAAUUUUUUAUUUACAUAGAAGUUCUCUUUUGUAUACAUAAAAUGUUUCUUUUGUUUACAUAGAAAUUCUCUUUUGUUUA